CCGGUUAUCCCGGUCGGGCGCUCUGCGGCCAGCUGAAUCCGUUCUGCGUGUGACGUGAAGGACCUCCUCUUCCGACACACAGCAGCAGUAAUGGCGGACUUCGACAGCUACGAUGAACGGGAUCGGGCCUACGGUAGCUUUGGCGGCGGUAGAGGGCCUCGCGGUGGCAGCGGCCCUGGAGCCCCCAGGAAGCAGAAGGAGUUGCCGUCAGAGCCUCCAUUCACGGCAUACGUUGGAAACCUGCCGUUCAACACGGUGCAGGGAGACAUCGACAUCAUCUUCAAAGAGCUGAACAUCCGCAGCGUCCGAUUGGUCAGAGACAAAGAGACAGACAAGUUCAAAGGUUUUUGUUAUGUUGAGUUUGAAGAUUUGGAGUCUCUAAAAGAAGCUUUGACGUACGACGGUGCUUUGCUAGGCGACAGGUCACUGAGGGUGGAUAUCGCAGAAGGACGACGGCAAGAACGAGGAGGCGGCUUCGGCUUCAGGAAAGACGAAGGUAGAGGACGAGGAGGGUCUCGAGGAGCUCCCAGAGGAGGAGGAGGAGGAGGACGUGACUCCCGUGAGGACUUCUACGACCAGCCGGGAGGAGGUUAUAGAGAUGACGACUACAUGGGGGGGCGGAGUCGAGGCGGGGGCAGUCGUCCCAGUGACAGAAGGGGGGGAGGUGUAGGAAUGAGUCGCUUCAGAGACGGACCCCCCCGUGGAGGAACGACAGACUUCAGGGAACCGUCUGAAGAGGAGCGUGCACAGCGGCCUCGACUGCAGCUGAAGCCCCGGACCGUCUCCGAUCCGCUCAACCAGGUUGCCAACCCGAAUUCUGCCAUCUUCGGCGGAGCCAAGCCGCGAGAGGAGGUGAUCACCAGAGAAAAACCAUAAGAGACUGAAGGCCGUGAGGGCCGGGGGUGAGGCGGGAGGGGGGUACGAGAGUGAACGGAUAGAGGACUUUAACAAAGAAGAACGAAACGCCAACGAGUUGUUUAAUCGCCACAGUUAGCAUUCCUUCCUGCCAGACAGACAGACAGACAGACAGACAGACAGACAGCGAGCGAGCAGACGCCGCCCUCCUCUUCUUCUGCUUCUACUUCUCCUCCUUCUUCUUCCUGUUUGAGUUCAGUUUGAGCAGAAUAUUUAUUCGUAGUCGGGUAAAGAUGAAACACACUGACACUGAUGAAUAAUAAACCUGUAAACACAAACACAAUGAGCAACUUGUGAAUGCAUGUCCAAACUUUGGGUUUCUCAGCCCCGCCCCCACAUCUGCUUACUGUGAUGUCGUAUCUGCUUCGUCCAACCUUCCCUUUCUCUGGGUCAAAGGUCACCCACCAGUUCCUCAAAGCCCAGAGGUUACACUUGUAAAGUUUUAUCCUCUUUUUUUUUUCUAGUUCUUCCCCGCCCCCUGACCCUGAUUGGUUGAGUCACAGGCAAACCUUUUUAUUUCUUUGCUGUCGCUUGUUGUCAUGGUGACUCAUCAGUCAGAUUUUCAAGCUUUUAUCUAACAAAUGUUUUCAUAUUUUUGUCUACAAGUGUUUCUCGGUGUUUGUUUUAUUUUGCUUGUUGACCCCCAGGUGGGUGGGGCUUAAGCUGCGUCAGGACAGACUUCUGGCUUUUGACAAGCUCCGCCCCCUCAGGUGUCUGCAGCAGAUCCACCUGGUGGAAACGCUUUUGUAAAAUAACGAACGUUGACACCUGAAGCUUUAAAGAGAUAAUGAUCUGAUUCCUGUUCCCAUGAUGCACUGUUGCGAGGAUGACCUGGUCAGGUGAUGCUUCUGUAGCAGACAGAGCAGGUGUUGUGUUUACUGUCUGCUGGAUUUUCCAAUUCUGUGAGGGGAAAUCAGUUUCUUACCAGAAAACUAACUCUGCGGGAAAUGAAUUGAAAGUCAUCAGAUUUGUGAUGUUUUCCAGAAAGUGAUGAUGAAGGAUCCACAGUCUCUGUUCUCUUCACUGGUCUGUGGAGUUGUCGCUGUUUCUGCUGGUGGAAACCGAAAACCUGCUAAAUGAAUCAGUCAUGAGCCAGACGUGUCCUGUCCAAUCAGAGCGCGGGUUAUUAAAAUGUCUUCCACUGAUCCACACUGGAAAUUCACCUGAACUGAGAGCAAAGAAUAUGGAGGAAAAUAAUUCAGGGACAGACAGACAGGGGUCUUUUUUGGGGGGUGGGGGGGGUCUGUAACUCUUUUCUUUUUCUUUUUUUUGGCUCAUUUUGUCCUUUGUCUUUGACGAAGGCCCUCCCUCGGCUGAACAAGUUUUUCAGUUUGACAAGCAACUGAAAAGAAAAACAUGUUCAUGGAAGGAAGGAGAGCUGUUAAAAAAAGACAAAAGGCUUCUUUAGUUUUUCCUUUUUGUCUGUAAUUCAGUGUUUCCUUCGUGUUGUUUUUGCCUUAUUUUUUUACACGCUUUUCUGUUUUCACUGCUUAAUAACAGAAGAGGCGAUUAUAGAGUAAAACGGGAUAGAAAGGUGGAAAUGCAACAAAAAGAGUGAAACAGGAGUGUUUUCUUAAUCCUUAAUGUCUCCCUUUUAUUCCUCCGUUUUUCCUGUUUGUCGUCCUUUUCUCAGACUCUUGGUUAAAUUUUUAAACAGGACAAGUGAAGGGAAGGAGGGCAGGAGACAAGGUGACAUGGUUUUCUAACUUGACCUCCCCGUAUUGUCUUCUCACCUGUCUGUGCUUGAAUACAGCACCCGCAGACCCCGACCACACGGUGGCGCUAACAACACGUGUCGCCAGCACAAACUAACUCGAGGUUGUUAUUUCAGUGUGGAUCAGGAGGAAGACGACCUCCAGCGAGUCCGCUCUGUGAAAUUGGAAUCGCCUGAAAAAAAUCUGAAUGAUUAAUGCUGGAAGUCUGAAGUUUGCUUUGUGGUUGAAGCCGUAAAGUGCGCGGUCCUUCAUCGUCAUCUUCAAUCUGUGGGCAAACUGGGAGAACUGAAUGUGGACGCACACCUGGUCCAGGUGGAUCAGGAGAACAGGGCUGAAACCUUCAGUCUGCGUCGCUUUGUUUGCUGAUUAAACUUCGUUUUCCAGGAGGAACUUCUCUGACUGUACUAUAGAAAAAACAGCUGUUUUAACUUUUUGUUCUUUUUCUCCUUCACAGUUUAUGGCAAUAAAACUAUCAUCGUCCUACAUCGGC